ACAGUGGCAAGAAGAAGAUAGGGGAAGUUCAUAUGACGAUGAACGGAGUCAGAAAGGAAGAGAGAGAAAGAGAGAGAGUGAAUAAGGUUGAGAAGGAAAGGUGGGGAUAGAGCAUAAGAGGGAAGGUUCAGCUUGCUCGGUAGAGGUCGCUAGGGAGGUCGGUAUAAACCCGCCUACCAGAACGGAGGGUAUAGGAGCUGAUUGGUUGAGAGAAAUGAUGGCAGGCGCGCGUGCCAAUCGAUAGCCGUCGGUAGACUGGCUCCUUCGGCUAUGGUCGCGUCGAUCCUGUACAAGUGGGGAUAUCCUCGCGUACUGGUGGGAGAGGCCGCAUAGUGGGGCCCAAGCUACCAAACCGUUCUGCCUAAGGGUAGGGGGGCAAACCUAGUAGUGGUGGAAGCAGCCGCCUUGGCAGGAACUGCCAGUAUGUUACAGCUCAAAGCUUAACUGCAAUGCUCAGAUGGUUUAGUCCUGUUGAAGAGAACGGUGGUCAAUCUUUUCGGUGCUUGUGUACACCUUAAGACGUGUAAGAAUUUACGGAAGAAGAGAUACUACGAGUGCAUCCAUUCACGUGCAUUUCCAAAACGCAUCGUAAACGGAUAUUUACGGAUUAGUAAAAAUACGAAUAAGAAAGUAGAGGGAGGAAAAAAAAACAAGAGUAUAGGAAGGUAAGAAGAUAUAUAUAUAUAUAUUUUGCUCUCUCUCUCUUCAUUUGUCUCUCUCAUAUUGGUGAUCAUCCUCGGCGUGAACAGUAUAGAGAGUCAGUCAGUCAUUCUGUAUCGAGGUGUCAACAACAACGCAUCGUUCUUGUGCUCAAUACAAUUUAGAAAUUCAACGAGUUCUGUUUCUUUUUGGUGUUCUACAUAAGUGACAUUAAAUAGAUUGUGACUAUCUUAUUAUAUACGAGAACGCUAACGAGUGUUAAUAAAACAUUAUAGAAGAUUUUGGUGAUUUUGCGCGCGCGUUUAUUUCGAAAUAUUAAAAGUGUGCAUCAUUAUUUGUGAAUAUUUGUGAUUUGAACGAAUGCAAACACUUAUAUUGAAUUGUAUAUCUACAUAUGCAUAUAUACGCAUAUAUAUAUACUAUUUGUGUUUGAUUAUAGAUAUUAAAAGAUCGUAGACUCUUAGUGAGAUUCGAUUUCGAAAAGAAGAAGGGUAGUGAAGAAAAACGCGCUUUUAAGAUCUGAUCGGCAACGUGUCUCGUCGAGGCAUUCUUUGAACGUAAUACGGUUUAAGAAAACGGCGACAAACUGUACGGCCACAGGGAGGACGACAUGCUAACGAUGGAGACGGACCUUAAGGGCGGUAGCCUGCAUGGUCAGAUGCCACCUCAUCCGCAUCAAGGUGUAUCACCGAUGGGCCAUCAUACCGUUUCACCUUAUGGAACUCUCAGUUCCAUAGUACAUAGUCCAGCUUUAUCUGGAAGCCCACCGAGCAGCAGCAACUUAGGAUUAAGUUUGCAACAUCAACAUUACCACCAGGUUUCCAUGCAAGCUGCAGUUCAACAACAACAACAACAACAACAGCAGCAGCAACAGCAACAGCAACAACAACAGCAGCAACAACAGCAGACCAUGCAUCAUCAACUGUCUGCUCAGCAAAGUGCUGCACAACAACAACACCACCCUCAUCAACAACCGCAGCCACAACAGCAACAAGCUCAAACCCAACACCAUCAGACUGCGAAUAAUAAUAAUAAUACGAAGCCACCAGCAAACGGUGAUCGCGUAAAAAGGCCGAUGAACGCAUUCAUGGUCUGGUCCCGUGGGCAACGACGCAAGAUGGCCCAAGAAAAUCCAAAAAUGCAUAAUUCGGAGAUUUCCAAACGUUUAGGGGCGGAAUGGAAAUUGCUCAGCGAAACCGAGAAGCGUCCAUUUAUUGACGAAGCUAAACGAUUGCGCGCGGUGCAUAUGAAAGAGCACCCAGAUUACAAGUAUCGUCCAAGAAGGAAGACGAAGACCCUUAUGAAGAAAGAUAAAUAUCCGAUUAGUGGCUCCGUCGGUGCAGUUGGAGUCAACGUUAAUAGCAUCCUCGGUGUUGAUCAAAGACAAGUUGCUGGCGCCGGUGGACCACAACAAGGGCAAAUAUCACGCGACGUUUAUCAAAUGGCAAACGGAUAUAUGCCUAAUGGUUAUAUGAUGCACGAUGCGGCGGCUUCGUAUCAACAACACGUAUAUGGAAACCCGAUGAGCGGAGUGGCGGCUGCUGGAUAUCCCAGAUACGAUAUGGGACAUCACAUGGGUAAUGGUAGUCCACCAAUGAACCCAAAUUACAUUAAUGGAUAUGGUGGUUAUCCAGGAAGUACCGUACCCGGCGGCUCACCUUCGCCGUAUCAUCAACCCCAAUCAGGAUCUCAAAUGUCGAGCCACAGUCCCAGUGGCAGCAGUAUAAAGUCGGAACCGACGAGUCCUGCAAGUGCGGGAAUACACACUCCCACACCUACAAACGGGCCAAUGCCCACCAAUCCAGCGGCUGCUCCACAUCAACAGCAACAAGCACAAGCUGCCGCUAUCAAACGCGAAUAUAUGGGUCAACAAACCCACCAAACCCAUCAAUCCCCAGGAGAUCUUAGACAAAUGAUUUCCGUGUAUCUGCCGCAAGGAGUCGACCAAGGUGUUGGCCAACAUGGUGCUGGAGUCUACUCGUCUGGACCAUCACCGGAUUCCUUGGCGCAACAUCACUCGCACUCAUCAAUGCCACUUAAUCAUAUGUCUGAAAGUGAUCGAAAAAUGUUGAACCCAGAAACCGGUUGUUAUUCGGAAUCUGUUCGAGCAUGGUAUCAAUGCCCAGAGGAAACAUACAGGAUGCCCGUGGAUUAUUAUAGUGCGAGAUCUUCUACUUCGUCCAGGAGAUACUUCGUUAACGAUUAAGAUACCUUCAACUUCGUCUAAGAGAGAGAGAGAGAGAGUGAUAGUCCCCAGAAGAUGAUGAUGAUUGAAGUGUGGCAAAAGAAUAAGAAGAAUAACAAGAAAAAUAAAAUGAAAAAGAAGAAGGUGUUGUGUGUGACGAAACGAACGAUAUAAUUAAACGUAUAUACUGAUGUAUAACGUACCUCGGGUGAUUCGAUUUAAUAGAUUAUAUAUAUAUAUAUACAUAAACGAUGUAAAUAUCGGUGUGCAAUAAGUCGACACUUCCUCGUUUAUGAUAGGCGAGAGUCCUUGUUAUUAUCACCGUUACGGUUAGCAUUACGAACCAUUAUCGUUACCGGAGCAUCGCUUAUCAUUAUCGUAUCUACCGUGAGAGGAGGAACUCGUUGAAUUAUUCAUGCGGCGUUUAUGACGAAACUUUUUUUCUUCUCUUCUUCUUUUCGUUAAACUUAAAGUGUGAAAGAGAGAGAGAGAGAGGGAGAACGAAGGGUGUUGGAAAGUGGAGAAAGGGAAGAAGUACUACUAUACGUAAAACGAAUGAAAAAGGGUCGCGCGAGUCUCGGGUAACCGUUCGCGAGUUUCGUUAUAAAUCAUCGCAUGACGUAUGUACAUACGUUAAGUCAUAUUAUUUUUUGUUAAUUUUAAUUUUUAUUCUUCUUCUCUUCUCUUUCUAUCUUUCUCUCUUUAUCUCUUUCUCUUUUUUUGUUUGUUUGAGAGCUCUCCUUCAUUCGCGAAAGAAAAUAAUCCUUUGCAUAUCGAACAAGCGAUGCUACUACGAUUCGGAGAAGAUCGGUAAAAAGACAACACAUAUUUACAUAUUACUUAUGCGUUUACAUACACCCACAAAUACAAACACACACACAACCAUAAAAAUAUAUAUAUAUAUAUAAAUGCGGAAAGAUGAGGAGGAAGUGGUGAGAAUGAUAUAAGAAAAACACACAUUACACGUUAAUAGCGUAUUCGUGUUAAUCUGUAUAUUAAUUCUUGUAAAUAAAUUCAUUCGUGAUAAUCGCUGCGAUUGAUGCGACGACACAUAUUUUAAUUAUCGUUUGAUUAUUAUUAUUAUUAUUAUUAUUACCAAAAACAAAAAAAUACAAAAAAAAACAAAACCGAGAGUUUAGCUAUUACUCGGCCUUAGCGAUCCGACGACUGUCUUCUUAUCAUACAUACAUACACAAAACAGUACAUACACACACACACACACACACACAAUUGAUUAUAGAUUUAUGAUUAUUAAGUAAAUAGUAAUGUAGUAAAGAUUAGUAGUACACGCUCGUUGAUUUACGAGGAACGUUUCUUGUAAGCCGAUCCUCUCGAGAUAAAUCGUUGAAGAUAAAAGCGUGAUAGGUAUCGAUUUUUAUUCAAGAGAGAGAUCGAUUUAAAUGAACGAGCUGCAGCGGGCGAUAAGGUGUGUUACGUAAAAGAAACAAAAUAAUAAAAAAAAAAAAAA